AUGUGCAGGAAUCCUAAUCUUCAAUGUGACUUUCGUGAGCCUCUUCCUAUUCAGCACACCUAUCAUCAGCUUGGAGAUGUUAACAUUGCUGGCAUUAUUUCUGCAAUUGUGAUAUUUUCUGACCCCAUUGAUUUCAGUCAACAUCCUUCCCAAGCAUUUCAUGAUGGACUUAUGAUAGUUUUUCAGAAUUACCAGCAUAUCCUGGCUUUAGUGUUUACUGUAAAAGAGAUCAAUGAAAAUCCCCAGAUCCUACUCAAUGUCACGCUGGGCUUCCAUAUUUUUAACAGUAACUAUAGUCCCAGCUGGACUUACUUCGCCUCAAUGAAUCUACCUUUCUCUCAGGGCAAAUUCAUCCCUAACUACAAGUCUGGGAUCACAAAUACCUUGGCUGCUGUUAUUGGGGCACCUGACAUCUCUCUUCACAUGGCAACUGUACUGGGAAUUUACAAAGUUCCUCAGUUGACCUAUGGUUCUGCUCCAGUCAUAGAUAAAGAGACUCAAGCAGUUUUCUUCCAACAAAUGUUUCCAAAUGAAUCCCACCAACGUAAGGGCCUCCUCCAUUUAUUGCUGUAUUUUAGAUGGAUCUGGAUUGGAAUUCUUGUAGUAAAGGAUGAGAAAGGAGAGAAAUUUCUCCAGGAGGUACUCCCCAUAUUUUCUGAGCAUGGCAUCUGCACUGAAUUCAUAGCAGAGUUACCAAAUGGAGCUUUUUACAGCGAUUUUGAUGAAACCGUAGAUGAAGUGCUACAUAUAUACCAUGUUCUCAUGAACAGCACAGCCAAUGUGAUAAUUUUAUAUGGUGAAAUUGAGUCUUUAUUAGUUCUGAGAACUAUUCUCCGGUUUUCAGAAGUGGAUGAUAUACCAAAGAAGAAUAAGAUUUGGCUUACAACUGCUCAAACAGAUUAUACUUCAAUUUCCUUACAUAAAUCUUGGGAUAUCCAUUUCCUACAUGGUGCUUUAUCCUUUGCUGUUCACAAAAAGGAAAUCCAAAACUUCCAGGAAUUCCUUCAAAAUCUAAAUCCAAGCAACAAUCAAAAUGAUCAUUUUAGGAAAGAUUUCUGGGAACAGGCAUUCAGUUGUUUUUUCUCAAACUCAAAAAUGGAGGCGUCUCAGAAAAAAUGCACUGGACAGGAAAAGCUUGAAACCCUUCCUACAUCUGUGUUUGAAACAAGCAUGAGUAGCCAGAGUUACAAUAUUUACAACGCAGUCUAUGCUGUGGCACAUGCUUUGCAAUCUCUCUCUCUAUCCGAAUCUAGAGAAACAACAAUGAUGAAAGAAAGGAAGAAACAUUUUCACAAUCAUGUGUGGUGGCAGGAGAUGUCAGCCCACCAGCCUCAUCCUCUCUGUUUCAAUGCUUGCUUGCCCUGCUGCUUCAAGGACAUUUCUCAACUGCAGGCUUCAUGGGAACUCUUUACCCUCCUGGUAGUGCUGCUCUUGGCUGCCCUACUGGGCUGCUCCUGCCUGGCAUGGCGUGAGUCGUCCCAGAUCUAUGAUGUUCAGAGUGCCCUCCUGCUGCCAGUUCAUUCUUUUCUGAGAAGUGUCAGAUUCAACAAUAGUGUUGGUGAAAAGAUCUCCUUUGAUACAAAUGGAGAAUUCAUUGGUGGAUUUGAUAUUAUCAACUGGAUCACAUUCCCAAACCAGUCAUUUGCGAGGGUCAAAGUUGGAGUGAUAGAUCCCACAGUUCCAGCAGACAAGUUCUUCAUUAUUUCUGUAGAUUCCAUCACAUGGCCAGUAGGCUUUAACCAGAUAUUACCUUUAUCUUUGUGUAAUGCUCCUUGUGAGACAGGAUACAGGAAGGCCAAGAAAGAAGGGAAGAUGUUUUGUUGCUAUGAUUGCCAUCUAUGUCCAGAGGGGAAAAUAUCAAAGCAGAAGGACGUAGAUGAUUGCUCUCCAUGUCCAGAAGAUCAAUACCCAAAUCCCAGGAAAAAUAUGUGCAUUCCAAAGCGGAUCACCUUUUUGUCCUAUCAAGAACCUUUGGGGAUCAGUCUGACUGUUCUUUCUCUUUGCUUUUCUUUAAUGACAACUUUGGUAAUCACAGUAUUCAUGAAACAUAAAGAUACUCCCAUCGUCAAAGCCAACAACCGGAAUCUCACUUAUACACUUCUAUUUUCUCUUCUCCUCACUUUCCUUUGUGUCUUUCUAUUUGUUGGGAGGCCCAAUACGAUUGUGUGUCUCCUUCGACAACCAGCAUUUGGUCUUAUCUUUUCUGUGGCAGUUUCUUGUGUCUUGGCCAAAACGUUUGUUGUGGUUCUAGCCUUCAUGGCCACCAAACCUGGUUCUAGAUUGAGGAAAUGGGUGGGAGGAAGGAUGGUCAGUUUCAUUCUUCUAUCCUGCUCCCUUAUUCAAAUAUGUGUUUGCGCUUUGUGGCUGAUAACUUCCCCACCAUACCCAGAUUUUGAUACGCAGUCAAUGUCUGAAGAAGUCAUCCUGGAAUGCAAUGAAGACUCGGUCAUGUUCUACUGUGUUUUGGGUUUUAUGGGUUUUCUUGCUCUGCUUAGCUUUUCUGCUGCUUUUCUAGCUAGGAAUUUACCUGACAGUUUCAAUGAAGCUAAAUUGAUCACCUUCAGCAUGUUGGUCUUCUGCAGUGUUUGGUUGUGUUUUAUUCCAACCUAUCUAAGCACAAGGGGAAAAUAUAUGUUGGCUGUGGAGAUCUUCUCCAUGAUCUCCUCCAGUGCUGGCUUAUUAGUGUGUAUUUUUCUUCCCAAGUGUUUUAUCAUUGUGAUGAGACCUGAGCUGAAUGAUAAACACCAGCUCAUGAAGAGAAAGUUUUAA